CGUGCGUGUAUUAAUUUUUCACUCUAAUCACUCCUAGAUCACGUGACAAAAAUCUGUUCUUACUCCACUCUAACUCCGUGCUGAAUAGCCGAACCCAGCUAUAGUUUAAGAAUAGUCCCAGAGCUGCUUGGAGCAGGUCUAGCAAAAUGAAAACAUCUAUAGUGCACCUGUCUGCAAAAAUUCGACUUCCGUCGUACUGACGUCACAUUUGUCAUAAAUAAAAUACAGAAGUGACACUUGACAUUGGUUAGGUUAGGUCUUCUCUCUUUUUCUUCUUGAUUUGUCAAGAUGUCAUCAAAAAUCAUAAAAGCAGGAGGCGCUGAGCCAGAUGCCUUUGAAGUUCAAGUUUCUCAGGCUCUACUUGACCUUGAAACGAACUCCGACCUAAAGGCACAACUCAGAGAGUUACAUAUAACGAAAGCAAGGGAAAUAGAAUUAAAUAACAAAAAGUCCAUCAUUAUCUACGUCCCAAUCCCCAAAAUCAAGCAGUUCCAAAAGGUCCAAACCAGAUUGGUGAGGGAAUUGGAGAAGAAGUUCAGCGGCAAACAUGUCGUCUUUGUCGGAGAACGUAAAAUCCUUCCCAAGCCAACCCGUAAGACCAGAAUGAAGAACAAGCAAAAGCGUCCUCGUUCUAGAACUUUGACCGCAGUCUACGACGCUAUUUUGGAAGAUCUAGUUUACCCAGCUGAAAUCGUGGGUAAAAGAAUUCGUGUCAAACUUGACGGGUCUUCCUUAAUUAAAGUUCACUUGGACAAAAAUCAACAAACGACGAUUGAACAUAAGGUGGACACCUUUGCAUCUGUUUACAAAAAGUUAACAGGAAGGGAAGUUACUUUUGAAUUUCCUGAACCUUAUUUGUAAAAAAUGGUUUUAAUAUAGGUUCAUUCUUAAUUAAUAAUUCAA